AUGGUGGACCUGGCCUCGCUCCUCUUAGAGCGCCCCCACCUGGUGGCUGCGCCUGCGGAUGCCGCGGCGCUGCUGCCGCCGAAGGGCACGGAGACCCCUUACUUGGAGGGCUACGACUUUUCUCGGGGCACCGCGGGCGGCAGCAGCAGCAGCAGUAGCGGCGGCAGCAGCGGCAGUGGCGGCGGCGGCGCCAGUGGCGCCAGUAGCAGCGGAAGCGGCGGCGCCAGCACCGGCAGUAGCAGUGGCGGCAGCAGCGGCGGCGCGCAGCGCGAGGAUCUGCGCGCGCCGGAGGCGGCGGCGGCGCGCGGCGGCGUCGGCGCAGCCGCGGCGGAGUCCGUCGCGCUGGUGUGGCUGCGGCGCGCGGACCGGAUGGGCGACAGCGAGGCGACGUUCCAUCUGGCGUGGCUGCACCAGCACGGCAGGGGCGUCGCGAGGGACCCGGCAAAGGCGGAUAAGCUGCUGUCAAGCGCGCUGGCUGACGAGCCCGACAGCGCGCGGGUCGUGGUGCUCACGGUCGCGUCCGCCCUGCUGCGCGCCGAGCGCUGGCUCUCCGCCGUCGCGGGCCAGCCAACGGCGGACGCGGCGGCCGCGUGGCUCCGGUGGCUGCGGGACGCGUCGCCGAUCUCGGCGGCGAAAUCGAUGCCUGAGCUGACCGCGGAGGACGAGGAGCAGGCAGCAGCAACAGCGGCGGCCCCGGCGGCGCCGCAGCAGCAGGAGGAGCAGCAGCGGGAAGAGGAGGAGGAGCAGCAGCAGCGGACGACCCCUGUGCAGCAGCCGCCGCACGCGCCGCCCCCGCGCGCCCCCGACGCGCCGCAGCGCGCCGCGCGGCCGCGGCCGCCGCCGCGGCUCGAGUUUUCGGUUGACCGGGCGUCAGGGGACGGCGGCGGCGGCAGCGGGGACGACGGCGGGGAGGGCGGCCCGUUGUUUGAGGACUUUCUUCGUCUGCUGGGAUCUGAGAAGGUGGCGGCUGACGAUGUGGUGCUUACAAUCAUGCUGGGCGCCCUGGCGGCCGUGAUGUGGCUGCGCAACCGGCAGCUCAACGGGCCGCCGGCGGCCGCGCGGGCGGCGGCGGCGAGGCGGGCGGCGGAGCAGCAGCGGCGGCAGGAGCAGGAGCGGGAGGAGCAGCGGCAGCGACGGCAGCAGCACGAGGAGGAGCGGUCGGGGCCCCAGGAGCAGCUGCAGGCGGAGGCGGGCACAGGGUUGGGAGCGCAGUAUCCUGCGACGCUGCUGCGGCGCGAGAAUGGGACAAGCAGGCCCGCGACUGUGCCGGAGGCGGCAGAGGGUGAAGAGGAGGAACAGGACGAGCAGCAGCAGCAGCGACAGCAGCUCCUACAGCAGCAGGAGCGGCAGCAGCAACAGGAGCAGCAGCAUGUGGAGGUGAGCGACGGCGAGCGGGGCAGCCCAGGCAGCCCGCGAUCACCGGACAGUGUCCAGGUGGGCUCUCAGCUGCAGCACCUACAGCAGCAGCAGCAACAGCAGCAGCAGCAGCAGCAGCAGCAGCAGCAGCAGCAGCAGCAGCAGCAGCACCAGCACGCCGCGGAGGGCGGCCUGCAGAGAAGGCGGCCCUGGGAGCAGGGGGAGUGA